AUGCCUACAGCAUUGGCAAGGGCGAGCAAGGCAAUGGAGAAGGCGGAAAUUGCUGAGCAGAAAGCAGCCGCGGCACUAGAAGCGGCACAAGGCAGUGCUGCCUCGCAACCAUCCGCUGCGGUGUGGGUCUGUCAGCUGGGAAGCCCUGACGGCAAGGAGCCUGAGACCAUUGGCAGCGCGUUCAACAUCACUGCUAGUGUUUCAGAUGUGGAUGAUCUGAAAGAAGCUAUCGAGAAGAAGGAAAAGCUGACCAUUGCAGCAUCCAAGAUCAACAUUCACCACCAAGAGGACGGCCGCUGA